AUGUUUCCAUCACAAAUUCACCUUACUGUUGCAAUUUUAAAGAUCACGACACCAUUUAAGAGAAGCAGGACUGGAGUAUGUACUUCUUGGCUUGCAUCCAUUGAUCUCAGCCAGCAGAAAGAAGUGUUAGUUCCUGCUUGGAUUACUAAGGGUACCAUGUCUCUUCCAAAAACACUAUCCACUCCAUUGAUUAUGGUUGGACCUGGUACAGGAUUAGCUGCAUUUAAAAGCUUCUUGCAAGAUCGAUUUGUGAAAGUUCAUUCUGGCCAUGGUGGAGAUGUUAUUGGGCGAAGUAUACUAUUUUUCGGGUGCAGAAAUAAGGAAAAAGACUUUUUAUAUGCUGACGAAUUGGUUAAAAUGUCGAAUGAGCCCAAUUUUAACUUUUAUCUCUUUACUGCAUUCUCACGAGAUCAGGAAACCAAAGUUUACGUUCAGCACAGAAUUACUGAACAAAAAGAUGUACUUUUUGACUUGAUUGUGAAUCAAGGAGCCUACUUUUAUGUCUCUGGAAAUGCCAAAGUGAUGCCUGAAUCUGUUUUCAAGGCCGUGAAAUCAGUUCUUGUAAGUGGUGGCAUGAAUGAAGCUCAAGCUGAUGAAUAUUUGAAGCAAAUGGAUACUUCAAAGCGAUAUCAAGUAGAAACAUGGUAA